AUGCUAGACCCAUCGUCCAGCGAGGAGGAGUCGGAGGAGCUGGUGGAGGAGGAGAGCGGGAAGGAGCCGCUGGCCCCCGCCGCCGCCCGGCUCUCCCCCAGCCGCCCCGGUGAGGGCCCGGGCGGUGGCGGUGGCGGCGGCGGCGGCGGUGGAAGCGGCGGUGGCGGCGGCGGCAGCAGCGGGGGGCUGCAGCCGGGCGUGCGCGCCGGUAGUGCGGCUCGGCCCGCCAGCCCCAGCCCCUCGGUGGCCAGCGAGAAGGAGAAGGACGAGCUGGAGCGGCUGCAGCGGGAGGAGGAGGAGAGGAAGAGGAAGCUGCAGCUCUACGUCUUCGUCAUGCGCUGCAUCGCCUACCCCUUCAACGCCAAGCAGCCCACCGACAUGGCCCGCCGGCAGCAGAAGAUCAGUAAGCAGCAGCUCCAGACAAUCAAAGAUCGUUUCCAGGCCUUUCUCAAUGGGGAAACCCAGAUUGUGGCAGAUGAAGCAUUUAUAAACGCUGUUCAGAGCUACUACGAGGUGUUUCUGAAAAGUGACCGUGUGGCCAGGAUGGUGCAGAGUGGGGGGUGCUCAGCAAACGACUCCCGGGAGGUCUUCAAGAAGCACAUUGAGAAGAGAGUGAGGAGCCUGCCAGAGAUUGAUGGCCUCAGCAAGGAGACAGUUCUGAGCUCUUGGAUGGCCAAGUUUGAUGCCAUUUACCGUGGGGAGGAGGAUCCCCGCAAGCAGCAGGCCAGGAUGACAGCGAGUGCUGCCUCAGAGCUCAUCCUCAGCAAGGAGCAGCUCUAUGAGAUGUUCCAGAAUAUUUUGGGGAUCAAGAAAUUUGAGCAUCAGCUUCUCUACAAUGCAUGUCAGCUGGACAACCCAGAUGAGCAAGCAGCACAGAUCAGACGUGAGUUGGAUGGACGUCUUCAAAUGGCAGAGCAAAUUGCCAAGGAGCGCAAGUUUCCCAAGUUUGUGUCCAAAGAAAUGGAAAACAUGUACAUUGAGGAGCUGAAGUCAUCUGUCAAUCUCCUGAUGGCAAACUUAGAGAGCAUGCCUGUGUCUAAAGGAGGCUCCGAGUUCAAGCUGCAGAAGCUGAAACGCAGCCACAACACCUCAAUAAUUGACAUGGGAGAAGAAAACGAGAACCAGCUUUCCAAAUCAGACGUCGUGUUGUCAUUCUCCCUAGAGGUUGUCAUCAUGGAAGUGCAGGGCCUGAAGUCUCUGGCCCCCAACCGCAUUGUCUAUUGCACCAUGGAAGUGGAAGGUGGGGAGAAACUGCAGACUGACCAGGCUGAAGCCUCAAAGCCAACCUGGGGCACCCAAGGAGAUUUCACGACAACACACGCGCUUCCUGCAGUGAAGGUGAAGCUGUUCACAGAGAGCACGGGAGUGCUGGCUCUGGAGGACAAAGAGCUUGGGAGGGUUGUUCUCCACCCUACUCCCAACAGCCCAAAGCAAUCCGAGUGGCACAAAAUGACUGUUUCCAAAAACUGCCCAGAUCAAGACCUGAAGAUCAAGCUUGCAGUGCGAAUGGAUAAGCCUCAAAACAUGAAGCACUCUGGGUAUUUGUGGGCCAUUGGUAAAAAUGUUUGGAAGAGAUGGAAGAAACGUUUUUUUGUCCUGGUCCAGGUUAGUCAAUACACAUUUGCUAUGUGCAGCUACCGGGAGAAAAAAGCUGAACCUCAAGAGCUGCUGCAGCUUGACGGAUACACUGUGGACUACACAGACCCCCAGCCAGGCUUGGAGGGUGGCAGAGCAUUCUUCAAUGCUGUGAAGGAAGGAGACACAGUGAUUUUUGCAAGCGACGAUGAGCAGGACCGCAUCCUGUGGGUCCAAGCCAUGUACCGAGCCACCGGCCAGUCUCACAAACCUGUGCCACCUACCCAAGUGCAAAAGCUAAAUGCUAAAGGAGGAAAUGUACCCCAGCUAGAUGCUCCAAUCUCCCAAUUUUAUGCAGAUAGAGCUCAAAAGCAUGGCAUGGAUGAAUUUAUCUCUUCCAAUCCCUGUAACUUUGACCACGCUUCACUCUUUGAGAUGGUUCAGCGCCUCACUUUGGACCACAGACUUAAUGAUUCCUAUUCUUGUCUGGGCUGGUUUAGUCCUGGCCAGGUCUUUGUGCUAGAUGAGUAUUGUGCACGUAAUGGAGUGAGAGGCUGUCACAGACAUCUCUGCUACCUCAGAGAUUUGCUAGAGCGCGCAGAAAACGGAGCUAUGAUUGACCCCACCUUACUUCACUACAGCUUUGCCUUUUGUGCAUCACAUGUUCAUGGCAACAGGCCUGACGGGAUAGGAACUGUGACCGUAGACGAGAAAGAGCGUUUCGAAGAGAUCAAGGAGAGGCUUCGUUUGCUUCUGGAGAAUCAGAUCACACAUUUUAGGUACUGCUUUCCGUUUGGCCGUCCAGAAGGUGCACUAAAAGCUACUCUAUCACUGCUGGAAAGGGUUCUGAUGAAAGACAUAGUUACUCCGGUCCCUCAAGAGGAGGUAAAAACAGUCAUCCGUAAAUGCUUGGAGCAAGCAGCUCUAGUCAAUUAUACUCGACUAUCAGAGUAUGCCAAAAUUGAAGAGAAUCAAAAGGAUGCAGAGAAUGUAGGCCGGUUAGUCACACCAGCUAAAAAGUUAGAAGACACAAUACGCCUGGCAGAGUUGGUAAUUGAAGUCCUGCAGCAAAAUGAAGAACACCACGCGGAGGGGAAAGAGGCCUUUGCUUGGUGGUCAGACCUUAUGGUUGAGCAUGCGGAGACCUUCCUGUCGCUGUUUGCUGUGGAUAUGGAUGGUGCAUUAGAGGUGCAACCCCCAGACACCUGGGACAGCUUUCCACUCUUUCAGCUUCUAAAUGAUUCCCUGCGUAGUGACUAUAAUUUGUGCAAUGGAAAGUUCCACAAACACCUCCAAGACCUGUUUGCUCCACUUGUUGUUAGAUAUGUCGAUCUGAUGGAGUCCUCAAUUGCACAGUCAAUUCACAGGGGCUUUGAGCGGGAGUCAUGGGAGCCAGUAAAGAGUUUAACAAGUAAUCUGCCCAAUGUGAAUCUACCAAAUGUGAAUCUCCCUAAAGUACCAAAUCUACCAGUUAACAUCCCACUAGGCAUCCCACAAAUGCCUAGCUUUUCUGCACCGUCAUGGAUGGCUGCUAUUUAUGAUUCUGACAAUGGAUCAGGCACCUCAGAAGAUAUGUUCUGGAAACUUGAUGCCCUGCAGACCUUCAUUCGGGAUUUGCACUGGCCUGAGGAGGAGUUUGGGAAACACUUAGAGCAACGCUUAAAGCUUAUGGCAAGUGACAUGAUCGAGUCCUGUGUGAAGAGAACCAGGAUUGCAUUUGAAGUAAAGCUGCAAAAAACGAGCCGAUCAACAGAUUUCCGGGUCCCUCAAUCAAUAUGCACCAUGUUCAAUGUCAUGGUGGAUGCCAAAGCUCAGUCAACAAAGCUUUGCAGUAUGGAAAUGGGCCAAGAGCACCAGUACCAUUCAAAAAUAGAUGAACUAAUUGAGGAAACCGUCAAAGAAAUGAUCACACUCCUAGUGGCAAAGUUUGUCACCAUUUUGGAAGGAGUCUUGGCCAAACUGUCUAGAUACGAUGAAGGAACUUUGUUUUCUUCUUUCCUGUCAUUUACUGUGAAGGCUGCUUCCAAAUACGUGGAUGUACCCAAGCCAGGGAUGGAUGUUGCUGAUGCCUAUGUGACAUUUGUCCGCCACUCUCAGGAUGUCCUGCGUGAUAAGGUCAAUGAGGAGAUGUAUAUAGAAAGGUUAUUUGAUCAAUGGUACACCAGCUCGAUGAAUGUUGUCUGCACCUGGCUGACAGACCGUAUGGACCUGCAGCUUCACAUUUACCAACUGAAAACUCUCAUUAGGAUAGUAAAGAAAACCUACCGGGAUUUCCGAUUGCAAGGGGUGUUGGACUCCACCUUAAACAGCAAAACCUACGAGACCAUCCGGAACCGGCUGACGGUAGAGGAGGCCACGGCAUCGGUCAGCGAAGGGGGAGGGCUCCAGGGGAUCACCAUGAAGGACAGUGAUGAGGAGGAUGAAGAGGAUGACUAG